AUGCACACCUGCUCACCCUCUCCCUUCCCCCGAUGCCCUUUGCUUGCUUCUUGCUGCUUGUGGGUCACUGGCUGUGGGUGCUGUGGUGAUGUGGUGGGUGUGGUGGUGGGUGUGGUGGUGGGUGCGGUGGUGGGUGUGGUGGUGGGUGCUGUGGUGGGUGUGGUGGUGGGUGUGGUGGUGGGUGUGGUGGGGGGUGUGGUGGUGGGUGUGGUGGUGGGUGUGGUGGUGGGUGUGGUGGGGGGUGUGGUGGGGGGUGUGGUGGUGGGUGUGGUGGUGGGUGUGGUGGGGGGUGUGGUGGGGGGUGUGGUGGUGGGUGUGGUGGUGGGUGUGGUGGUGGGUGUGGUGGUGGGUGUGGUGGUGGGUGUGGUGGUGGGUGUGGUGGUGGGUGUGGUGGUGGGUGUGGUGGUGGGUGUGGUGGUGGGUGUGGUGGUGGGUGUGAUGGUGGGUGUGAUGGUGGGUGUGGUGGUGGGUGUGGUGGUGGGUGUGGUGGUGGGUGUGGUGGUGGGUGUGGUGGUGGGUGUGGUGGUGGGUGUGGUGGUGGGUGUGGUGGUGGGUGUGAUGGUGGGUGUGGUGGUGGGUGUGGUGGGGGGUGUGGUGGGGGGUGUGGUGGUGGGUGUGGUGGUGGGUGUGGUGGUGGGUGUGGUGCUGGGUGUGGGGGGGGGUGUGGUGGUGGGUGUGGUGGUGGGUGUGGUGGUGGGUGUGGUGGUGGGUGUGGUGGUGGGUGUGGUGGUGGGUGUGGUGGUGGGUGUGGUGGUGGGUGUGGUGGUGGGUGUGGUGGUGGGUGUGGUGGUGGGUGUGAUGGUGGGUGAGAUGGUGGGUGUGGUGGUGGGUGUGGUGGUGGGUGUGGUGGUGGGUGUGGUGGUGGGUGUGGUGGUGGGUGUGGUGGUCGGUGUGGUGGUGGGUGUGGUGGUGGGUGUGGUGGUGGGUGUGGUGGUGGGUGUGAUGGUGGGUGUGGUGGUGGGUGUGGUGGGGGGUGUGGUGGGGGGGUGUGGUGGUGGGUGUGGUGGUGGGUGUGGUGGUGGGUGUGGUGGUGGGUGUGGUGGUGGUGGGUGUGAUGGUGGGUGUGGUGGUGGGUGUGGUGGUGGGUGUGGUGGUGGGUGUGGUGGUGGGUGUGGUGGUGGGUGUGAUGGUGGGUGUGGUGGUGGGUGUGGUGGUGGGUGUGGUGGUGGGUGUGGUGGUGGGUGUGGUGGUGGGUGUGGUGGUGGGUGUGGUGGUGGGUGUGGUGGUGGGUGUGGUGGUGGGUGUGAUGGUGGGUGUGGUGGUGGGUGUGGUGGUGGGUGUGGUGGUGGGUGUGGUGGUGGGUGUGGUGGUGGGUGUGGUGGUGGGUGUGGUGGUGGCUUCGAGUGGGAGGUGAAGCGGCUGGAGGGGCUGGUGGAGGCGGCUUCGAAUGAAAUGAUCUUCUUCCAUGAGAGGUGUGCCGCACUCAUGCCUGCUGUGCUGCAUCAAGUGCUGCUGUGCUGCAUACGCAGAGAGUGUAUGGGCAGGCUCUGUGCAGGAGGGGGUUGGGUAUUGUGUGGUGAGGAGGGUGUGUGGGCUUUGGCAGGAAAAGUGUACCGGUUUGGCAGGGAGUGCACACGAGGGAGGGAUGGCACGUGGUACGAUGCAUGGCAGCUGUGUGAGGGCCUGCAUGUGGUGCUGGAGGAGGAGGAGCAGCAGCUGGAAGGCCAUCCCCCCCUCCUUGCUUCACCCUACUCGUUUCAUGCUGCCCAGCUUCCCGUGAUGCCCCUUGCCUGGCUGCAGGGAGGAGGAGCUGCGAGGCAUGUCCAAGGCCACCCACGAGCCGGCCCCGUCGCGCUAUCGUCACUCCCCACCGCGCCCUACCGACGCGCCCCGUCGCGCCCCACCGUCGCGCCCCUCUCGCGCCCUGCAGCGCCCCGCUGCGUCUGCAGCAUGCCCUUUGUCGCCCGCUGCCACUCGCGCCUGCCGCGCCCGGGCCUGCCGCCCCAGCUCCUGCAGCCGCCGCGCCUGCCACGCGCUUUGCCACACGCAUACCACACGCCUACUGCGCCCGCCCUGCUCCUGCCGCGUGCCCAGCCGUGCACUGCUGCGUGA